CACAAUUCUUCACACCUCAAACAACUCUCUCUCGAUCUCUCCCAAUUCCUCACACCUCAAACACCUCUCUCUCUCUCUCUGCUAUUGUGAUUGCGACGAUAUGGAUAAUUGCGUGCGUUGCGAUUUUGGUGAUGGCCGGAGGCGCCGAGAGCAGCCAGCUGGAAUGCGACAAGGUCUCCUUCACUCCACUGCCCAACGCUGUUGAAAAAGGAACAGUUUGCAUCGACGGCUCACCAGAGGGCUACUAUCUGGUGCCAGGCUUAGGAGUCGGAGCCAAAAAUUGGCUCAUAUAUAUCAAUGGAGGCCGGUGGUGUGAAAACAUUACUACCUGUCGCAAUAAUUUUAAGCAAUAUUAUGGGAAUAGCAGAAUCAGCUUUAGCAAUAUUCCCAAUUCAAAUGGCACUCUCAGCAUAGCCAAAGAUUUCACUGGCAUUCUUAGCCAAAACCAAGCCAUAAAUCCGGAUUUCUACAAUUGGAACCGGAUUUAUGUGACCUACUGUGACCAGGCAUCGUUCCUCGGAGACACUGUAGUUGAUGAUGGUCAAGGGCCAAUAGUCCAAUUCAGAGGGUCGAGGAAUUUCGAUGCUCUGGUGGAGGACCUUUUGGCUAAAGGAAUUGGUGCCGGAGAGAAUGUUAUUCUUUCCGGUAGAUCGGCAGGAGCGCUGGCAACGAUACUACACUGCGACAGCUUCCGAGCACGUCUCCCUAACGUCGGCAGGGUGAAAUGCCUUUCCGAUGCCGGAUUUUUCAUCCGAGCGUGAGAAUAUAUAUUCUUAUUAUUGGUUAAUUAAAUAUAUAAAUAUUUAAUUUAUAUA